GCAAUUAUUGGUCACUAGAUGGUAGAAUUUUUUCAGGUUGUCAUAAGUACGGGCCCAGAAGGAUUUUUCUGAAUUUUAAUGCCGAAUGAGAGGGAAGAAGGGAUUUGGAAGGGAGAAGUAAGGAACUUGGGUCGGCACUGGGAUUUUAUGCACGAUAUGGCUUUAUUGGUAAGCUCAAAACACAAAUACUUGCACAUGAGUAUGCAGCUGUACUUAUUGAGGCGAGAGUUGAAUCAUACUAGGUACGCAGAGCUAAAUACCGAAGAGUUCAACUAAUCGGCAAGAAGCGACUGGAGGGAGGAGAGAAUUGUCAUCAUCGGAUGAAGGGGCAUUACCGUAUUGGCAUCGGCAACCACUGGGUGUUUUUAUCAUGUACUUGAUCAACGAGUGGCUCUAACUUUGCCUUAAUUCGGGAAUAGUAUAGAUUAAUAAAUGUCUCAAUGCGAAGUAAAUGAAUUUCCUCGUCAAAUAAUAAGAGCCGCCCGUGUCGAAAUUCAACCCCAAAGGAAGGGUACACAACAUCUAUUCAUGAUUGUCAUUGCGAAAUUAAAUGAAGAUUACUUUUUACUUUAUAAGAAGUAGAAAAAUGAUAGAAACAACAUCUUCUUUGGUCGAUGUACAUUAGAGCCCGAGAAGUCAUGUAAGGAACAAGAAACUGUACCUAGUAAAAUUGGGCUGAAAACGAUUAACCUUACCCCAGGUAGUUGCUUGAAUGAGGGAGCUGCAGAUGUUUUUUGGACCUUUUAUCUAUCUGACUUGGCUUUAAAGGAGAGAGGAGUACAUACUUUAUUGUUGAUAACUACUCUACAUCGACAUCAAGUUAUCAACCCACACUUUUUUGGUAUCUCCAAACACUUAACCGUAACCCCUUUCUUACCCGUGAUGCUAUUGGUUACUCAUGAGUUGGAACGGGAGUUGCUAUUAACCAAUGAUGAUGGCUAUCUUCGACAGCGAUACUCGAAUAAACCUCUGGAACUUGAAUCGUUCAUUGAUUGGACUCAACGAAAUGUUUUAUGGAUACAAAUAUUGGGACUGAGUUAAAUAAUUGCGUCACACAAAUUCAGUUUUUUCUCUUCAGCCCUCUUUAUCAAUUUUAACCCCAUGUUCAAGCAAAUUCUGAAGAUCAGAAAAAGGGAGAGGAUAGAUUUCCGGGCAUUGGGAAAGCAGAUCAUGGCUUUGAGGUCGACUGAUAUUCAGAUUAUAAUAUUUUCAA